AUGGAAAUUUCAAUAUAUCUGUCGGUCCUGUAUAUCGCUGUCUGUAAUGGACUGCCAUUUGCCGAUCAAUUGGCCGCCAAUGAUGUGGACAAUAGCCAUAAAUGGGUCGUAUUGUGCGCCGGGAGUAACGGUUGGAUCAAUUAUGCCGAUCAGGCAUUAAUAUACAGGGCUUACCAUCAGUUCCGCUCGUAUGGCAUACCGGAGAGCAAUAUAAUUGUCAUGCAUUACGACGAUAUCGCAAACAACAGUAAAAACCCUAACCCAGGGGUUGUAAUUACCGAGAAAGGUGGUGAAAAUUGGUACCAUGAUAUUCCCAAAGAUUAUGUCGGCGCCGCUGUUAAUCCCACCAACUUUUUAAAAGUAAUAAGUGGUGACCAAGAAUUGCACGCAAAAGGUAGGAAAGUAGUGAACAGUGGGCCAACCGAUCACGUGUUUUUGUAUUUUGGCGAUCAUGGUGGACCAGGUAAUAGAUUUUAG